AUGGCGGGCCCGUGGCGGGCGCUGCGGAGGGCGCGGAGCUGGGCGGCCCUAGCGAGGCUGCGGGCGAGGCCGGAUAAGUUCGGGGGGGUGAGCGUGGACCUAGGCGAGCUGCGCGGCUCCCCGCGGCUGGAGCGGGCCGCCUUUGGGCGGUGGCUGCGGGAGUCCGUGUCUCAGUGGCAGGAUGAAGGCCGUGUUGCUGUUUGGCUCCGUGUCCCCAUCCUCCAGAGCAGCCUUGUGGCAGUGGCUGCUUCCCAAGGCUUUGCCUUCCACCACGCUGAGCAGGGCUCGUCCACCCUGACGCUGUGGCUGGGAGAGGGGCCCAGCAGGCUGCCGGGCUUCGCCACACACCAGCUGGGGGUUGCAGGUGCUGUUCUAGAUGAAAGCACUGGAAAGGUGGUGGUUGUGCAAGACAGAAAUAAGACUAUAAACGCAUGGAAAUUUCCAGGAGGUCUGUCUAAUCCAGGAGAAGACAUUGGAGACACAGCAGUUCGAGAGGUUUUUGAAGAGACUGGCAUCAAGUCAGAGUUCAAGUCCAUCCUAAGCAUCAGGCAGCAACACGAACACCCCGGAGCCUUCGGGAAGUCAGACAUGUACAUCAUCUGCCGCAUGGAGCCCUCCUCCUUCCACAUCAGCUUCUGCCAGCACGAGUGCCUCCGGUGUGAGUGGAUGGACCUGGAGGAGCUGGCCAGGAUGGAAAACACCACACCCAUCACCCGCAACGUGGCCAGGCUCUUACUGUUCGGCUACCGGGAAGGGUUCGACAGGAUUGACAUAACCAUGAGGGAGUUCCCAGCUGUCUACACAGGCCUGUUCUACAAACUCUACCACAGGGAGCUGCCCGAGUCCUACAGAAACAUGACGUGAUAGCAAUGCGUUUCACAUUUCCUUAUAGUAAUAAUUUAGAAUUAUUAUUGCAGUGUUGCGUAUUACAGUUAUCCAUGGACUUCUUUUUCGGUAAUUAUUAAAACGUAAUUAUUCUCUAAUAAACUAAGAUAUAAAUUAGUUUUAAAGUUAA